AUGGUACGUUGUUCACCAAAAUGUCGUUGUUCAAAAGAGUCGUUGAAAGAGCAAUUAUUGUUAAUAGCAACUAUCUCAUCUGUGGCUAUUGGUAUCGCAGUUGGUAUUGCAUUACGACCGAUCAAAUGCAACACUGAUGAAAGAAUAAAUGGUUGUCGAAUCACUCCAGACGAUAUCACUUACAUUGAAUUUCCUGGAAUAAUAUUUAUCAAUAUUCUUAAAAUGUUAAUAUUACCGUUAAUUGUGUCGAGUAUCAUAUCGGCAUUAGCCCAAUUAGAUGCUCAAUCAGCAGGAAAAAUGGGUAUUCGUGCACUGAUUUAUUAUUUUGGUACAACAAUUAUCGCCGCCAUAGUGGGUAUUGUGUUGGUGUUAACAAUAAGACCGGGAACGCGCGGUCAAAAAGCAGAAAUAAAUGCGAAAGCAAAAAGUGCUCAAGGAAGAACGGUAGACACAAUUUUAGAUUUAUUAAGAAAUCUUUUUCCAGACAAUAUUGUGGAAGCAACAUUUCGAGCAGUGAGUAAAGUUUUGAUUGCUGGUACUGAUUUAAAAGUCGAAAAUGUAACUGUCGGCUCUACUCUCGCUAACGAUUCAAGUGCUACAAUAGUAUACAAAACCAAGUAUACCGCAACAGAAGUUAAACGUGAUGGAAUCAACGUACUGGGUCUUCUUUUAUUUUGUAUAUUUUUUGGUAUUAUCAUUAGUCGAUUGAAAGAAAAAACAGUAAUUUUAAAGGAUUUCUUUAAUGCAUUGCUCGAAGUUGUAAUGCAACUUGUUCGCUUUGCUAUGUUGUACAGUCCAAUUGGUGUAUUUUUUUUAAUUGUUGCAAAAAUCUUAGAAAUGGAUAGGCUAGAAGAUUUCGCUGGCUCAUUAGGGUUAUAUAUGGCUACUGUAUUAGCAGGUUUAGCGAUACACGGUUUCAUAAUAUUACCAACAAUAUUAUUCUUAGUUACACGAAGAAAUCCUUUCCAAUAUACCAUUAAUAUGGGUCAAGCACUAACGACAGCUUUUGGCACUGGUUCAAGUUCAGCAACAUUACCAGUUACCUACAGAUGCGUUGAAGAAAAGAAUCACAUUGAUCCCAGAGUAUCGCGAUUUGUGUUGCCUGUAGGCGCAACUGUCAAUAUGGAUGGAACAGCUCUAUACGAAGCAGUGGCAGCCAUAUAUAUUGCACAAUUGAACGGCAUUCCAUUGAAUGCUGUUAAAAUUAUAAUAACUAGUCUUACGGCCACUCUUGCUAGUAUUGGAGCAGCGUCUAUACCUCAAGCAGGUUUAGUAACAAUGGUUAUUGUUUUAAAUGCAUUAGGUCUUCCCAGUGAUGAAGUAAAAGUAAUUUAUGCCGUUGACUGGCUUUUGGAUCGUUUUCGAACGGCGAUUAAUGUUUGGGGUGACAGUAUUGGCUGUGCAAUUGUUGAAAAACUUAGCAAAAAAGAAUUAGAUGCAUUAGAGAUUAAGAAUAAAGAUAAUCUAGAAUAUGAAGAAGAAAAACUGAACAGACCAAACGGUCAUGUUGUUCAAUUACAUGAUAAUCCAGCAUUUGACUAUACUGAUAAUCUUAAACCAAUUCAAACACGUUUAUAA